AUGUCUGACGAAGAGACCCUAAAAGACCCAAUAAUAGAACAUUCAUUUUCAAGCUCAGAACCAGACACUUCUCAUAUUAUCUCUAAAAAAAGAAAACGAAAAGGAGUAGAAAAUGUCAAGAAAGCUGCUAAGAAGCACAAAAGGAAAAAUUUGGAUGAGGAUGAAGAUAUUGAUGUUGAAAAUAAUCUGAAUAAGGCAUUCGCAAGAAUGGACAGUCAAUUACUCUCAGACUAUCUUGCGCAGCUUACUAGGAGAUUUGAGAAAGAUCUAAGUUCACUCGAACUGGAAGACAAGUACCUCAAAGCCGCUUCCAUAGCUGACUCUACAAAUUGGGACAGACCGCGAAACUUGGAGAAUUACCCUGGAUUCCUAGAGAAAUUCGCGGAAAAUACGACUAAGCUGUGGUCUGCAUCGAAAAAACAGGGUGCUCCUCACACUAUAAUCAUUGCUAAUUCGGGUUUGCGAGCGGCAGAUAUUGUGAGAUGUCUUAAGAGGUUCCCAAUUAAGGAGGCGAAAAUUGCCAAACUAUUUGCAAAGCAUAUCAAGAUCCAAGAGGCUGCUCAGUUUCUUCAAAAUAAUCGUACUGGCAUUGCAGUUGGCACACCACAAAGGCUUGAGGAUCUUAUAGAAAAAGGUGUUUUGAAAACUAGUGUAGUCAAGAGGAUUGUUAUCGAUGCCUCACAUAUCGACCAAAAGAGACGAGGUAUAUUGGAGAUGCGUGAAACAUAUGCUCCACUAAUGACGCUGCUGGGUCGGAAAGAAUUUCGGAAUAAAUAUGAAGCUGAAUCUGAUAAAAUUCAUUUACUAUUUUAUUAG